CGAGAAUACAGCUCAGUUCUCGAUGUUCAUGUGCUGAAAAGACGAACCCGACUUUGGAGACAAGAUGCUUCCUCUUCAUUCAGAAAAUCACAAACUAAACAUUUUAAAGAAAUUGGAGCAGUUCAGAACCAAAGGACUCCUGUGUGACGUCGACAUCGAGGUGGACCACAGACUUUUCAAAGUCCAUCGAACUUUUCUGGCCGCGAGCAGUGAAUAUUUCCUCCAGCUGUUCACCUCACAGUCCCCAACCAACCACACCACGCUCAAAAUGGACGACAUGGCUGCAGACAUGUUCUCGUUUGUCAUAGAUUUCAUUUACACUGGCCACAUUUCUAUAGAAGAAAAGCAAACAGAGCAACUACUGGCUGCAGCUACAAGACUAGAAGUGAAAGGUUUGAUUGAGGAGCUUACAGAUGUUGUGAGCAAAAGUCAAAAUGGAAAAACGAAAGUAACAAAAGUGACGACUCGUAAAAGAGGUAGACCAAGGAAACUCCAGCAAAAUGAGAUGAAGAGAGUGCCAGAAGAACGCUGCGAAAAGGAGAGGGGAGAUGGGAAACAAAGUGGAGAACGCUGCAAAAAGGAGAGGGGGGAUGGGGAACGAGGGGGAGAACGCUGCGAUGACAAGAGGGGACAUAGGGAACGAGGUGGAGAAUGCUGUGAGGACAAAAGGGGAAAUAGGGAACGAGGUGGAGAACGCUGUGAGGACAAAAGGGGAGAUGGGGAACGAGGUGGAGAGCGCUGCGAUGACAAGAGGGGAGAUGGGGAACGAGGUGGAGAACGCUGCGAUGACAAGAGGGGAGAUGGGGAACAAGGUGGAGAACGCUGCGAUGAAGAGAGGGGAGAUGGGGAACGAGGUGGAAAACGCUGUGACACCAAAGAGCUCCAAACCAAACGCCAGAUUAAAGUGCCACUAAAGUAUAAACUCUUCACUUUGGGACAAGAAGAAACCAGCAAACACCAGAAGGUGAAGAGAGGAAGAAAGAGGAAGUACCCAAACACCGAGGCCAGAUGUGACCAGUGCGACAAAGUUUUUAAAAAUCACCUAUUCCUCACCAUCCAUCAGAGAACGCACACAGGUGAGAAGCCUUUUACAUGCUCAGUGUGUGGCCACAGCUUCACUCAGAAACACAGCCUGAUCGUCCACCAGAGGGCGCACACGGGGGAGCGACCUUUCGUCUGUUCAGUUUGUAACAAAGCGCUGUGCACCAAGAACUCCCUGCAGGACCACAUGAAGCUACAUGAAGAUAACAAGUCCUUCAGCUGUGAUAAGUGCGAUCGGACUUUCACUCAAAAACGGCAGCUCAAAAGUCACUACAGAGUCCACACAGAUAAGUCGUUACCUGAAUGUGCUGAGUGUCACCACAAGUUUCUGGACACGGCGCAGCUGAAGAAACACCUCAGGACUCACACUGGAGAGAAGCCUUUCACCUGUGAAAUUUGUGGGAAGUGUUUCACCACUAAGUCCACUCUGCAGACGCACAUCAGGAUACACAGAGGCGAAAAGCCAUUCGAAUGCCACCUUUGUCAGAAGUCCUUCUCUGACCCCAGCGCUCGUAGACGACACGUGGCCUCGCAUUCGGGCAAGAAACCUUUCAGCUGUUCCUCCUGUAACUUAUCUUUCACUCGUCUGGACAAUCUAAAGAGCCACACCAAAACUCACAACAAGGAGCCUCCAUCUUCAACCCAGGACCAGGGAACUGACAAUAUACUGGAACUACAGCCUUUCCCCCCCGGAGCAGAGGAGAUCCAGCUGGUCGUGAGCGCCGAUAAUGUUAAUUUUGUGCCAGGACAGGACCAAAGCAUCACACUCCUGACUCAGAACUUACCCAAUCUGGCUGUGGUGGCUCAAAGUGAUCAGACGUUGGACCAGUCAGAGCAGAUGCAUGUGAUCACGUUGAGUAAAGAGGCUAUGGAGCAGCUGCAGGUUUUGCCGAGUGUUCCCAGUUUAACUCCAGGAGCAGAGGAGCCGGGACAAACCAUUCACAUCAACAGUCAAAGUGCACAGGCCAUAUCCAUCAGCCAGACGACCCAGCAGCUCACAGCCAAUCACAUCCAAGGACAGACCUUUCAGAUCCAGGCAGGAACUGUGUCCUACCUCUACACCACAGGCCUGCCCCAGGACAGCUGACAGACAGGUUACACCUGGGGUAUGGUCUAGACCUGGUCUAGACCUGG